GUGUCAGCUUUCCAGGCUAGCCGAGUAAAAAAUUCGGGGUGUUGGGAGAAUCCCGUCUUUGGCUUGAUCACAUCGUCUUGUGUGGUGUUGGUGGAUGAAUCAUGAUGAUUGUGCUGCUACAGGUGGCGUCAGAUUUCGAGGCUAGCCGAGUACAAACAACCUCUCUUACUUGGUGUCGAUUCGAGGAUUGGCAGAAUCCCGUCUUUGGCUUGACCAUGCCGUCUCUUGUGGUAUUGGUGGAUGAAUCUGACGAGCAGUCAUGGUGGUUAUGCCGAUACUGGUGGCAACAGAUUUCCUGGGCUUGGUUUCGAAUCGAGGAUUGGCAGAAUUCCGUCUUUGGCUUGAUCAGUCUAUUGGCAGCACAUGAUCAUAUACACCUUAUGCGAAAUUUCUUUGACGGUUUUUUUUCUGAUCUGACGUUCUUGAUCAUUACAACAACACCAACGACAGCGACAACGACAUCGAACAAGCGUGCGUCCAAGGACAAGCAACAUCCAUUCAAACGACGAAUCGACAUAUUAGGGAAGGAGCAGAUUUACUAUCUACUGGUGAUGCUAUGGCGACAAGUACUCUCCAAACGGAUACUGGUAUCUGCACUCAAGAUCCUCAUCAAAAGGCGGUACAUACAUUCAAAACUUGCAUGGGCGAAUUAACUGCAAGUCAUCGUGUACAAACUCUGACAUCAACUAUUGUGGGUGGACAAAACGACCGAGACAAAAAGACGACACGUGUCUUUUGCGCGAAUUGGACAGCAGUCGUUGACCUGUGGGCAUCGGCAUGGAAGGAAUCCUGAGCUGGUCAAUAAAAUCAGCAACUAAAGAGGAUCUGCAGUGCCAA